AAUCAAUUAAGACUUUCCACACAUAUCUUAACCAAGAUAUUCACAAAAUCAAACCUUAACUAAAAGAAAUCAAUUUUUUUUUCUCGGCUAUUACAGGAGAUGUUAUAGUUGUUCCAUUUAAUUUAUUUCCUUGACUAGGCUGCAGUGCAAAAUCAGUAUUCUCAGCUGAUUCCCCAACUCGGUGACACAUCUGUGGGAGUGUGGUCUAAGCCCAUGGUUAGACGCAAGACAAAGAUUGUUUGCUAAUAUGUCCCAUGGAGACCAUGCAUCACACCAGAAAGUCAUUGAUUUGGUUAAAGAAUAUAAUUCCCAAGUGAAGGACAAUGUUAUUGCCAUCAUGCUUGACACCAAGGGUCCUGAGGUAAGAAGUGGUGAUUUACCCCAACCAAUUAAUUUGGUGCCGGGUCAGGAAUUUACAUUUACAAUUCAAAGAGGAGUUGGGACUGCAGAUUGUGUUAGUGUGAACUAUGAUGAUUUUGUUAAUGAUGUAGAAGAUGGGGACAUGCUUCUCGUUGAUGGUGGUAUGAUGUCAUUCUUAGUGAAAUCGAAAACUGAAGAUUCAGUGAAAUGUGAAGUCGUCGAUGGAGGAGAACUUAAAUCUCGGCGACAUCUUAAUGUUCGGGGAAAAAGUGCAACACUUCCAUCCAUUACUGACAAAGACUGGGAUGAUAUUAAAUUUGGAGUCGACAACAAAGUUGACUUUUAUGCUGUGUCGUUUGUCAAGGAUGCUGCUGUGGUCCAUGAACUAAAGAACUAUCUCAAAAAUGCUUGUGCAGACAUUCACGUCAUUGUGAAAAUUGAAAGUGCAGAUUCCAUACCAAACUUACAUUCAAUCAUAACUGCAUCCGAUGGGGCUAUGGUUGCCAGAGGAGACCUUGGUGCCGAGUUGCCAAUUGAAGAAGUCCCUUUAUUGCAGGAAGAAAUUAUAAGGAUCUGUCAAAGUAUGGGAAAAGCAGUCAUAGUGGCAACAAAUAUGCUUGAAAGCAUGAUUGUACAUCCUACUCCUACACGAGCAGAGGUUUCGGAUAUCACUAUUGCAGUUAGGGAAGGUGCCGAUGCAGUUAUGCUUUCAGGAGAAACUGCGCAUGGGAAGUUCCCUCUAAAAGCUGUCAAGGUCAUGCACACAGUCUCGUUGAGGACUGAGGCUACUAUAGUUGGUGCAGAAACUCCUCCGAAUCGAGGAUUAGCCUUCAAGAAUCAUAUGAGCGAAAUGUUUGCAUUCCAUGCGACGAUGAUGGCAAACACACUCGGAACUUCAAUUGUUGUCUUCACUAGGACCGGCUUCAUGGCAGUUCUACUUAGCCAUUACCGGCCUUCUGGCACAAUUUAUGCUUUCACAAAUGAUAAGAGAAUACAACAGAGAUUGGCUUUGUACCAGGGGGUUUGCCCCAUACACAUAGACUUCUUGGAAGAUGCUGACGAGACAUUUGCAAAUGCAUUGGAUUUACUGCAGAAGCAAGGAAUGGUGAAACAGGGUGAGGAGAUUGCUCUUGUACAAAGUGGCAAACAGCCGAUAUGGCGGUUCCAAUCCACCCAUAAUAUUCAGGUUAGGAAGGUGUAGUGAGGAAAGAGGAGAUUGAAGAUUCAUCUUAGCAAGGAUCUAACUGGAGGAAUCACGGGUAAACUUGAUGAAGCAACUGCUAUUCAGCUAGCUCAUAUCAUUGGGAGUUUAUAUGUCUAUUUUGCCUUUUUCUCUGUUCCAUGGAAACAUUUUCCAUGUGACUUUAAGCUGGGAAUUGUUAUCUGUAUUACUAUUGUAGCAGUGAAGAGUUGCAGGAAGUUUUGUUUGAA